AUGUCUUGUAACGUAGUAGUAGGUGUACUGUUCCUAUUUUUAUGCUAUUCAAAUAUUAAUGGGUCUCCAGGUUAUCCACCCAGUCCAGUUAGGUUUGCGAAUCGAACUGGUAUUGUUUAUACGACUAAAGGUCCGGUUCGAGGAGAAAUAUUAACAACGGUCGAGAAGAAUAUUAGUUAUGCAUCGUUCAAUGGAAUCCCGUUCGCUAAACCUCCUGUGGGAAAUCUCCGCUUUCAGGCUCCGGUGGAAGCCGACAGCUGGACGGAGGCACUUGAAACUGUAGGACAAAGGAAAGGUUGUCCACAAUUCGAUACAGAAUAUAUUGGUGAUGAAGACUGUCUAUUUAUCAACGUUUACACUCCUCAAACGGAAUUCAACUCCCAUCAUAAUGGCACACGACCUGUGAUGGUAUGGAUUCAUGGUGGCCUCUUUACUGUGGGAUCAGCAAAUAGUUCACUCUUCGGUCCUGAUUUCCUGCUUGAAGAGGACGUCGUGGUCGUAUACAUAAAAUAUCGUCUAGGUGCACUUGGAUUCUUAUCAUUAAAUCAUCCAAAUGCCACCGGCAAUGCUGGCUUGAAGGAUCAAAUACUUGGUUUGAAGUGGGUGCAAGAAAACAUGGGAAAAUUUGGUGGUGAUCCAGAUCAAGUUACAAUAUUCGGAUACGGCUCCGGAGCAGUUUCAGUGGAACUCCUCACGCUUUCCGAACAAUCUAAAGGGCUAUACCAUAGAUCGAUUUCCAUGAGCGGUUCUCCUUUUAACGAUUGGGUAAUCUCUUCAACGGAUGAAGCAAUGUCAAAUGCGUACCUUCUUGGUUCGGCAUUGAAUUUGAAUGAUUCCCAGCCAGAGGAUGAAUUCUUGAAAGCAUUGUCUCGAGCUCCGGCUCAGGAUAUUGUAAUGGCUACUCAAAAAAUUUUUAAUAUGAAAAAUAAAAGUAAAGGCACACCGUUUGACGGACUGUUCAAGCCCGUUGUCGAAGACGAACUAGUAUCGAAAGAUGCCGUUUUGAGCGGGAAUUUAUAUGCCAAAUAUGGGAGAGGAGAAUUCCAUGAUCUGCCACAUUUAAUAGGAUUUGUAGAUGCCGAAGUCGCUGGGCUCUUCCCUCCGACACUAAGGUAUUUACCAGGAGUAACGGACGAGAACGCUGGAGAACUAUUGGAUAAGUUAGUCACAAAAGUAAAGUCUAUGAAGCGACCACCCGCGCAUUUGCUCUCUUUUUUCAAAGACUACGAGAAAAUGAGAUCUGAAGGAGCGACUGAAACUGAGGAGAAAGAGGAUCUUAUUAAUAAGGCUGUACAAAUCACAUCGGAUUUUUUCUAUGUCAGCGGGAUAACAACAACGCAAUGGUGGAGAGCAGGGAUGACUGCACCGAUUUAUUACUAUCGAAAUUCAUUUAAGGACGGGGGACUUGAGCAUACCAUAGACGGAAUAAAAUUACACGACGUUGGACAUAACGAUGAUCUCGCUCAGAUAUUCUGGAUGCCAUCUUUGAAUGCAGAGACGAUUGGUAACAGUAGCAGCAUCAGCUUGCGGCGAAAAAGAAUGGUUAGAAUGUGGACGAACUUCGCUAAAUGUGGCUAUCCUACUCGGAUCGACAUGACUGAUCCAUUUUUGCAAGUCAAGUGGCUUCCCUCGUUUGUCGGUAGAAACUACUUGGAAAUCGGUGAAAAUAUAACGAUGAAGUAUGACCUGCCUAAACUUUCCACCGAAUAAGCAGAAGCGGUUUCAUCACCUAACGGAAGAAAAAUGUACGGUUGCUAAUUCGCCAGACUUACAUUUAUAAAUUCAUCUAUACUAAGCGUAAUAAUU